UGUGUCCAGACCUACAUCAUCCCCAUCAAGGGGACUCCCCGCACCGUGCGCCUGCGGCAGCAAGUGUUUUUGCCAGAGGAUUUCAGGAUCUAUAUGGAUGGCCGAGGGGGGCUUGUGAAAUCCGAACUGGCGCGUAUCGAGCACGACUGCUUCUAUGAAGGCUAUGUCGAGGGUUUUCCCAUUUCACUGGUGGCACUUAGCACCUGCGCCGGCCUGAGUGGAGUCCUGCAGCUUGUGAAUGCCAGCUAUGGGAUCAAACCCCUGGAGACUGCAGCCGGUUAUCAGCAUCUCGUGUACCCAAUGGGGAAUGAAAACAUAGAGACUCGGCCGUUUGUAGAAAACGGCUCUCUUGUCCAGAUUGGGGAGGUGCCACCGAAGCUGGAGGAUGCAACAACAGCCAGUACACCUCCCGACUGGUAUCUGGAAAUGCAUGCAGUUUUGGACAAGGCUCUGUAUGACUACCUGGGAGCAGACAAGGAUGCUGUGACAGUCGAGAUAGUGCAGCUUUUCAGCUACGUGAACAGUAUGUUUGCUUGCCUCAAUCUAACGAUAGUACUGUCUUCUCUGGAGUUUUGGAUGGAAAAGAACAAAAUCCCAACCAUGGGAGAUGCUGAGGAGUUGCUGCAGAGAUUUUUGCAGUGGAAAAAGGUGCAUCGUGUGUUGCGACUGCAGGACAUAAUGUUCCUAUUUGUUUACAGGGAGCAGCCCCGUUACGUGGGGUAUCGGAGAGCUAUGACGCUGAAGACAUUUGCAGUCGUCGUGGCCCAGCUGCUGGGGCUCAGCCUGGGGAUGGCGUACGGUGAUCCCGGGAGCUGUCACUGUGCAGAAGUCGCCUGCAUAGUGCAGAGCAGCUCGAUGCCAGCUAUGGAUGCAGCAUAUAAAACUCCCGUGUGCGGCAACAAAAUAGUGGAGCCGGGAGAGGCUUGUGACUGCGGUACAGCAGAGGUUAGCUGUGGAGCCUUGGCAGCUGGAAACUGCGUGGUGGAAGCAGCGGGGUGGUGGUUGGCAGCAGGCUCAGUACGAGCCAGCAGUGUGCCUGAAGUGGUCAGGCACUUGGAUGAGAUGUUUGUGAAGAGAGGCACGUUAUGUAGAAGCAGCUCCAAGGACGAGUGCGAGUUGAAGGAAUAUUGCAACGGCACCUCUGGGAAGUGCACACCCGACCUCUGGGUCAUGGAUGGGCAUCCCUGCAGCAGGAACACUGCCCUCUGCUACCGGGGAGUCUGCCAGACAGCCGACAAGCAGUGUCAGAAGGUCUUCGGCCAAGGUGCCAAGAACGGGCCCUUGCCCUGCUACAAAGAAAUUAACAGCCAAAGGGACAGAAUGGGACACUGUGGCUCCGAUCGCUACGUGUGGUCUGCCAUGGAGUGGAGAUCCCAGCCCCACGGUGGGGAAGAGGUGGAGCACAGAUGGGCUCCCCAAGCUCAUGGGGUGAACGAUGGCACCCUCUGUGAUGACCACAAGAUCUGCAAUAACCAAGGGAGCUGCCAUUGCCAUCCUGGCUGGAAACCACCGACUUGCCAGGAGAAAGCAAGGGCGAUGGGUGACAGCGGCAGCAGCCCAUCUGAUGAUGAAGCAGAUGUUGGGAACGAGGGCUCGCCAAAGCUGUGGCUGCUUCUGACCUUCUGCCUCUUUGUGCCUGUUGCCAUCGGGCUUGUUCUCCUGGCGAUAAGAAGAGGCCCAAGGUGCUGUCUCGCCAUGGAGGAGCUGGAUGAAGGCAA